GUCUCUUCUUUAGGCAGGCCUUUGGCGAUCUGUCUAUUAAUCUGUGGAAGGGCCGUUUCGCCGUUCUAGAUAUGUAUCUAUAUAUAUAUAUAUAUACUCAUCUUUUUGUUUGCGUCCCUCAUCUUGACAGUUAGGGACAUGUAUGUCCAUUUGAAAAUUCGAUGUAUGUAACAGAUUUAAUGGCCGCCAGAAGGUCGUGAGAGAGCGAAUUCGCCAGCGGCACGCUCGCGUUUCGUGUGCAUUUUACUGUUUUAGGGCGCGUUUCGACGCUGCGACUCGCAAUCAGCGAUUAAAUAAUACGCCGACCGUGUCGGACUCUCGCAUCCAUCAUCUUGCGUCAGGCAGGUUGAUCAAUCAUGGAAGACACUGAGUAUAUGAAAUUGCCUCUGGAGGAGCGUCUUGCACACAAGUCUUGGCGAGCACGUUUGCAUGGAUACGAGGAAUGCGUAAAGACAUUCCAGUGCAUCGAUGAUGAAAAGUCACCAGAAUGGAAUAAGUAUAUGGGUUUCAUCAAGAAGUUCGUUGCGGACAGCAACGCAGCUGCACAGGAGAAGGGCUUGGAGGCGAGCCUGGCUUUCGUGGAAAACGCUGCGGUAGCCGGCAAGAUAGUCGCCGAGGUAAUGAAUGGCAUCGUGUCCAAGUGCAUUGCCGCACCUAAGGCUAAAACAAAGGAACUGGCCGUGCAGAUCACGCUGAUGUUUAUCGAGAUCGAGAAAUAUGAUGCGGUGCAGGAGGAACUGUUGAAGGGCACCGAUGCCAAAAAUCCGAAAAUCGUUUCAGCGUGCAUCGCUACCUUGACGCUGGCGCUCAAGGAAUUUGGACCAAAAGUGAUCAAUUUGAAACCACUAAUGAAGAAAAUUGCAAAUUUCCUUGAGGAUAGGGACAAGACGGUGCGAGAAGAGGGCAAAGCUAUGGUGGUAGAGAUGUAUCGAUGGGUGGGCGAACGUUUGAAGCAACAAUUGAAUACAUUAAAGCCAGUGCACAUUACGGAGCUCGAGGCUGAGUUUAGUAAUCUUAAUGACGAGAAAGUGACGCCCACGCGUUACCUACGCUCGAAGAAACCAAAGAAUAUGAGCAACAAUGGUGAGUUGGCAGGGAGCGAUAAUAACGGCGACGAUGACAACGAAGACGUGGAUGGUGCUUCUAUCCCAGAUAUAGAUCCUUACGAUCUCUUGGCGCCUGUGGAUAUUCUAUCGAAGUUACCGAAGGACUUUUACGAAAAAGUCGAGGCAAAGAAAUGGCAGGAACGAAAAGAAGCGUUGGAGGCGCUCGAAACACUCGUAAAAAAUCCGAAACUAGAGAACGGUGAUUACGGCGAUGUUGUCAGGGUCUUGAAGAAGAUUAUCUCGAAGGACAGUAACGUAGUGGUGGUCACGCUAGCGGCAAAGUGCCUAGCCUGUCUGGCUACGGGCUUGAAGAAACGAUUUCAACCGUACGCCACCGCUUGUCUACCCACCGUAUUGGAAAAAUUCCGCGAGAAGAAGCAAACAGUGGUACAGACUUUGCGGGAGCUCGCCGACGCCAUUUACGACAGCAUCACUAUUGAUUUUAUCCUCGAGGAUACUCUGGCCGCCUUGGAAAAUAAGAAUCCGGCUGUGAAAGCCGAGACCGCUGCUUUUCUGGCUCGAUGUUUUGCGCGCACGCCGCCGACCAAUCUUAAUAAAAAGUUACUAAAGUCGUACACCAGUGCGUUGUUGAAAACGCUAAAUGAACCGGAUCCAACGGUGCGCGACAAUUCGGCGGAAGCGCUCGGCACGGCGAUGAAACUGAUAGGCGAGAAGGGAAUGAUGCCGUUCCUCACGGACAUCGAUAAUCUAAAGAUGACAAAGAUUAAGGAGUGCGCCGACAAGGCGGUGAUAACAGUAAAAGUGAGCAGUACGAAGCGACAGGAACGACCCAACACUGUUCCGGCCAAAGUGGAAUCGCAACAGGCGAGCAAAGCGAGCAAGGACAAUUCGAAGAACGCUAAACCGAGUACCGCGAGAAGGCCGAAUACGGCGAUUACAAAGAAGUCGACGGCCAAGAAACCCGGUGGCGCCUCAUCGCUCACAAAUCUGCCAUCAUCCACGAAGAGGACGGUUCAGAUAGAAAGAAAUUAUAGCCCGGAGGAGAUCGAUGAUUUGGCAGCCCAGGUUCUGUCAGCAGAAGUGAUGACUGGUCUUGUAGACCUCACUAACUGGAAAACGCGUCUUGCCGCAGUCACACAGCUAUUGGACGUUGUCAAGACUUGGGACUCGCCAAAAGUGCCAAAAGUGCCAGCCCAGGUGAUUGUGCGCACUCUCGCGAAGAAGCCUGGAUUUAAGGACACGAAUUUCCAAGUGCUGAAGUUGCGCGUGGAAACUGUCAAGUUCCUGGCCGAGAAUCAUCCUUUUACGGCCACCGUUGCCGAAUACUGUCUUAUGGAUAUCGCGGAGAAAUUGGCGGAUGCGAAGAACAGUUUGAUCGCUAUCGAGACUUUGUUAGCAAUCGCCGAAGCUACGAACUUCGAGUAUGUAGCGGAUGAAAUAGUGGCGUUCGCGUUUAAUCAGAAAAACCCGAAGGUGCAGCAGGAGACACUACUAUGGUUGUGCCGUGGACUCACGGAAUUUGGUUGUAGUCUCAACGUUAAGUCCAUUAUCGAGAAUAUCAAGAAGGCAGUAGCGGUGACAAAUCCCAGUGUGCGCACCGCCGCGAUUACACUGCUAGGCACUUUAUAUCUCUAUAUAGGCAAACCGCUGUUAGAGUUUUUCGACAACGAAAAACCCGCGCUGCGACAGCAGAUCGAGCAAGAGUGCGAGAGGCGUAACGGCGAAACUCCGCCGACGCCCGUUCGCGGCGCCAAGGCUAAGAAGACAAACGCCGCCACCGCCGAAGAAGAGGACGAGGACGCAGAUGAGUCGUUGUCAGAGAAGAGAGUAAGCGGCAGCGAGCCAGAUCUUAACGAACUGAUCCCGCGCGUCGACAUUAGCGCUCAGAUCACCGAAGCGCUGUUAGCCGAAUUGGCUGACAAGAAUUGGAAAGUGCGUAACGAGACGCUGCAGAAGGUGAAUACUCUUCUCAGCGAAACCAAGUUCAUCAAACCUUCUAUCGGCGAUUUGCCACAAGGAUUAGCUCUGCGUCUCGUGGACAGCAAUAGUAAAAUUGCGCAAGCAGCUCUAGGUAUAUGUGAGAUGUUGGCGACAGCUAUUGGAUCCCCAGUGAAACAGCACAUUCGCACUUUGUUUCCCGGGUUUCUGCAGUGUUUAGGCGAUAGCAAAAAUUGGAUCAGAACGGCUGCAAUCACUUGCAUCAACACAUGGGGCGAUCAGUGUGGUUAUAAAGAGUUCUUCGAUGGUGAGAUGAUAGGGGAUGCUCUGAAAGCAGGUUCACCGAUGUUGCGAGCCGAGCUGUGGAACUGGCUGGCGCAGAAAUUACCCUCGAUACCGGUGAAACAGAUCUCUAAAGAAGAACUUUACGUAUGCCUUCCCUACUUGUAUGCUAAUCUGGAGGAUCGUAAUUCGGACGUACGAAAGAACGCUCAGGAAGCUGUUCUCGGAUUUAUGAUUCAUCUCUCUUACGAGGCUAUGGCGAGAAAUACCGAAAAACUGAAGCCAGGAUCACGGACGGUGGUCAUUGCUGCAUUGGACAAAGCUCGUCCCAGUUUACCUAUAAAGCCUCUGCCCAAGAAAGAACUUUCGGAUGACAAUAUUCAGAAGGGUGGCGCAAAGGGUGCAAAAGUUACGAAAGUGGUUAAAUCGAAGGGCGCAUCAUCAAAACCAGGCAGUGCUCGUAAGAAAGAUGACGAUGUAGAUACCAGUCCUCUGCUGGUGGUCAAUAAUUUGAAGCAUCAACGUGUAAUCGACGAGCAAAAGUUGAAGGUACUUAAGUGGAACUUUACCACUCCCAGAGAAGAAUUCGUCGAGCUUCUGAAGGAUCUUAUGACUGCGGCAAAUGUCAACAAGACUUUGAGAGCAAAUAUGUUUCAUUCUGAUUUCCGUUAUCAUUUAAAGGCUAUUGAAGCACUUACUGAGGAUCUGUCUGGGAAUAACAAAGCAUUGGUGUCUAAUUUGGAUCUCAUUCUCAAAUGGUUAACAUUACGAUUUUUCGAUACUAAUCCUUCGGUCCUUUUGAAAGGAUUGGAUUACUUGCAAUUGGUCUUUAAUAUGUUAAUUGAAGAUCAAUAUCACAUGCUGGAAACAGAGGCAGCAUCCUUUAUUCCCUAUCUUAUUAUCAAAAUAGGCGAUCCUAAGGAUGCUGUACGAAACGGCGUACGAGCUUUAUUCAAGCAAAUGGCUCUAGUAUAUCCCGUGAGCAAAUUAUUUUCAUAUGUGAUGGAAGGUUUGAAGUCGAAGAAUGCACGACAACGAACAGAAUGUCUGGAUCAAUUAGGCUCGCUAAUUGAGAAUUAUGGAGUUUCUGUCUGUCAACCCAGUCCAUCUGCGGCAUUGAAGGAAGUCGCGAAGCAGAUAGCGGAUCGUGACAAUUCCGUUCGCAAUGCCGCGUUGAAUUGCAUUGUCCAGGCCUACUUCCUACAAGGAGAGCGAGUAUUUAAGCUUAUCGGCCAGAUAUCGGAGAAAGACAGGUCUCUAUUAGACGAGCGGAUCAAGAGGGCGGCGAAAAAUCGACCUUUGAAAUCCGCAUCCUCCAUGAGACUUUCCGCACCCACGGUCACGACUUCCAGUCCGCCGACAGACGACAUGGAGGCGGACUAUGAAGAGGAACAAGAAGAAAUGCCCGAACCAAUUGAGUCAGCGCCAGAACUGGCACAUGGCUCGAGCACUUCAGACAAUAACGAGGACGAGCAAGUGUCUUCUGAGGUCGUACAGUCUGAAUCAUCUUCAAAAUCGGAACAGGAAAUUAUCAACGAUAAUGCAACUGAUAAACAAAAUUGUCUCCCUGAUCGAGAUGAUUUGGAAACAAAUUCUCCUACUUCAACUCAACUAAAAUGUUCUUCGGGUCCGUUUGGACUGGACAUGGAAUUGCAAAGGAUUGAAGGUCCAGUAAAAUGUCGUAAUCCAAUACUUGCAGAACCCAGCUUAUAUCUGAAACGACCUCCAGUGAAUAUGUUGAACCCGCCCAAGAUACAGAUGAUACCGAUUUCACCGCCGAAAAUGUUGGUGUCGAGCUCGUCUGUGUUAUCACCUGCUACUACUAGUAGUAAGGAUGAUACACUAGAGCGCAAUAUCUUGUUGAUGUCGAGUAUGGAUUUGUCUAUUGCGAUACAGGCCAUGAAUGCAUUGAAAAUUUAUUAAAAUCUCAUCAAGCGAUUACCUUGCAAUCCAAGGAGGAUAAAUUCAUUGGAUCGAUAAACC